AUGUGUCGUCAUGUCCGACAAACGCCUGAGCAAUCAAUAAUGACGCAACUGUUAGAUUUAGAAGAAGAUUUUGAUAAAAGAAGAGACAAAGAUGGUGACAUUCCUCCACUUCCGACAGCAAGUGGUACAACACGGACGACAAGCUGCUUUUUGAGUCCAAUGACGAGGCAGACAGUUAGGCCUCCAUUAGGAAGAACAGUGAAUUGGGGUGUGAAAGAAAUAUUUAAUACAUUGAGAAACUGA